CCAACAUUUCAAAAGGCGUCAUGUACAUUUUGACUACUUUCGGAUUAUUACAUUUUCUAAAAGUACUUGUAAUAAACUAUCUUUUCACCAAAAAUGAGCAAAAGUUACUUUUACAAAGUUUUGUAAUAAUCAAUUGAAAUAAGACUACAUAAACAAAUUUGUUGGCAGCACCUUUGUGUGUCGAUGUACCCCUGUCAACCAAAAGGGAAACAAAAGAGAACAUGUACCAUAAACGUCAAAUCAUUCAGUGUUGUUUAUGUCAUCUUUUUUUCACGUGGUCUGGAAUAAAAUUUAGUUUUUUGUCUUCUUAGUUGAAUUAAAAUGGAAAAUCUACAUGGAAUACAGCUUCUACUGAGUAUUUACUUUAAUUUUACGUCAAAUAUCUAGAAAUUAACUAUUUUGUGUCUUGUUUUUCUACUUUAUUAGAUGCAGCUUCACAGUUGGAGGAGGAAGCCGUCCAGCCAAAUGAAACCUCCAUUUGGGAGGCUUCUUUUCGGAAUGUAAUCGCUUCUACCCCACGACGGGAUAAUCCGUUCGGUGCGUUUCAUGAAAAUACCCAUGAGGUCCCGGUCGUACGAACGAUGGACGAGCUCUUGCUGCAACCUGAUUUGACGAUGAACGAGACUGGUAUGCUGGUCAGAACUGUGGACGAACGCCUCUUCCGGAGGAAUCUAUUUGACAGCAUUGAGAACGUUUCUUCGUGUGUCAACACUGGUGGGCCUCGUUUGGCGGUGGGUGGUGGCGCAAAAGUGGUUGAUGCCAAUCAAAAUGAAUUUGUCCUGCCCGAGAAAUGUGAAACCUUAGAACGGAAAAACUUCUCGCUGCGGAACGAUGUACUGAUUGCUCGCGAGUAUGAUUCAUCGUUGCUCGUCCAAACGUUGGACUCCUCAAGAACGGUUCCGGCAGCCAGACCCAAUCCGACAGCACUUGACGUAACGAACCAUCGCCUGUUUCGCCAGAGUAGAUCACGCCUGAACGCUAGUGAUCAGGUUCCUAAACAUCGGGUUCUCCAGCGUCGUAGUCGUCUAGCCAGAGUGAACCGCCAGCCUCUCCACGACUUAACUAACCAGAGUGUUCCUGCAAAGAAAUCCAAGAUAGCUCACGCGUGUCCGCAAGUUGGUGACAAAGGGCAGCUGCGCUACCGGCUUCAGGUCGAGCUGAACAUCGCAGCUCCAUCGGACGAAAUUGGAACUGGAGCUCAAGCCCAAAGCAGUGACGACGGAAACGACUCACUUCAGGACGAACUGGAACUUGCGGAUCUGUCGGGUGUCCUUGGCGAUCUGAAGCGUUCGCAAGAAGGUGACGAAGAGACGCCGGGCGACCAUCUUCAGGUCGAGCUGCGUCAGGCGGAUAUUGUGGUUCCGUCGGGUUGCCGCGGCAACACGAAGCGUGCGCAAGAAGAUGACGAAGAGACGCCGGGCGACCACCUUCAGGUCGAGCUGCGUCAGGCGGAUAUUGUGGUUCCGUCGGGUGGCCGCGGCAAUACGAAGCGUUCCCAAGAAGGUGACGAUGAGACGCCGGGCGACCGUCUCCAGGUCGAGCUGCGUCAGGGUGACCCAUCGGGCGGCCGCGGCAACACGAAGGGGUCCAAGGAAGGUGACGAUGAGACGCCGGGCGACCAUCUCCAGGUCGAGCUGCGUCAGGCGGAUAUUGUGGUUCCGUCGGGUGGCCGCGGCAACACGAAACGUUCCCAAGAAGGUGACGAAGAGACGCCGGGCGACCGUGUCCGGGUCGAGCUGCGUCAGGACGAUACAGCAGAUCCGUUGGGCGGAUUGGCAGCCGAUGAACAAAUAAUUGAAGAUGACGACGAAGCUGAUUCGGAUCUGCUCAACGACUUUACGCUUGACGAAUAUUUUGAGCCAUUCCACAAUUUGAGCUUAAUUGACGAUGAUCAGAACGCCGCUUUGGAUGAUAGCACCGAUGACGACCAAGUUGAUCGCAAGCCUACUCGACAAUUUUCUCUGACCAAAAGGAACAAGGCGCUAAGGGAGAAAGGCCUUGAGUAUGUCCGUGCAAAUGGUGAGAAGGUUGCUGCUAGACAGAUUCGGCCACCUUGUGGCUGUCGGAUGGGUUGCCAACUAAAAUUCACCGACGAAAUCCGUGACAGGAUGCUAUCCAAGCUGCUUGCACUGAAGUCAUCUGGCCAAAAUCAGUUUUUGACCAGCCAUAUCGAGGUUACUUUUGCGGCAAAACAUCGCGUCGUUAAUUCGCAGCGAAAAUAUACAUAUUUGUAUUUUUUGCCAGCUGUCGGUGGAAGAGUAGCCGUAUGCAAGAUCAUGUUUGCGGCAACCUUCGAUCUCGGCAAGACCAAGAUCAGAAAUCUUGCGCUAAAUGUGCUCUAA